UUCCUGUCAUUCUUUGCAAGUUGGAGCAAAUAUUCCCGCCAGGUUUCUUUGAUUCUAUGGAGCAUCUCCCUGUGCAUCUUGCUUAUGAAGCUUUUCUAGGUGGACCUGUUCAAUAUAGAUGGAUGUAUCCAUUUGAACGAUUCAUGGGUGAUUCAAAACGAUCAGUUAAAAAUAAGGCACGAGUUGAGGGAUCAAUUUGUGCACAUUAUAUACAUCGCGAAACAUCACAUUUUUGCUCUCAUUAUUUCAAUCACAUGAUGUUGUCUCCAAGAAUCAUAAGGAACGAAGUUCACUUCAGUGAAAGAAGUCAAUUUACCUUAUCAGUUUUCGGUCGUCCAGGCCGUCCCGCAGGGAAGAAGAGUGAGCAUUGGCUUUCACAAAAAGAAAUGCAAUCUGCUCAUGUUCAUGUGCUGAUUAACUGCGUUGAAGUUAAACCAUAUCUUGAGGCAUUUGGUACCUACUAUUAUCAAAGCACAGGCGAACAACCAUCGACUGGUUACAGAGGGUGGUGAGGACGACUUCUAUGGGGUUAUCACACAUAUUUACGAGUUGGUUUAUAAUUAUAUGGACUCGGAAAAUAAAGUUGUCUUAUUUUAUUGUGAUUGGUAUGAUCCAUCUUCUAGAGGAACAAAAAUUGAUAAAAAGUAUAACAUUGUUGAGAUCCGAAGAGAUAGAAAGUACAAAGAGU